AUGUUCUGCAGAGAAUGGCGGUCCGCACUGGUGGUGAAAGCAUUGGGAAGGUCGGUCUCGUAUACGCUGAUGGCAAAACGUUUGGUUGGCCUCUGGGCAAAAGCGGGGACACUCCAAGUUACCUCAGUGAAGAACGGUUACUUUCUCGUUAGAUUUACGAGUGGCAUUGAUUAUGAAAGGGCAGUUACCGGUGGUCCCUGGAUGGUGGGUGAUAACUACCUAACGGUACACCCUUGGUCUGAGGAUUUCGAUCCUUAUGAUCAUGAAAUAUCAUCGACGUUAGUCUGGGCACGCCUGCUAGAUAUCCCAAUUCAUUACUUUCACCAAGUCGCAGUGAUGAAGAUUGGGAGUCGUAUUGGUAAACCAAUUCGAGUUGAUCAAGCAACGAGUUGUGGAGCUAGGAGUGACUAUGCUCGCGUUUGUGUUCAAGUUGACAUUACGCGACCGUUAUUGUCUCAAUUUACGAUUAAAGGGAAAAAGUAUUUUAUACAGUAUGAAGGCCUCGAGAAAAUCUGUCUUAAGUGUGGCACAUACUCCGAAUGCAACUGA